GGGUAUUUUGCCGGCAGCCUGGCGGUGAUGACGGACGCUGCUCACCUGUUGGUCGACUUCACCAGCUUUGUCAUCAGCCUCUUGUCCCUCUGGCUCUCCUCCAGACAGGCCACACAAAAGCUCAGCUACGGCUGGCACCGAGCAGAGAUCCUUGGCGCUCUGCUGUCAGUUUUCACCAUCUGGCUGGUAACAGGAGUGUUGGUCUACCUGGCCGUGGAGCGCCUCAUCAGCGACGACUACACCAUCGAGGGCACUAUCAUGCUCGCUACCUCUGGUUGUGCGGUGCUGGCCAAUAUAAUCAUGGCCCUCACCCUUCACCAGUCCGGCCACGGCCACAGUCACGGCGGGCUCAGCUCACACGGUCACAGCCACAGUGACGAGAAAGGAAAAGGAUACAAUCAGAUCUCAGGCCACAGCCAUGACAACCACGUAGAUGUGGAGCAGAAAGGAGCGGAACACGGACGGAGGGCUCAGCAGGCCAACGCCAGUGUGCGAGCGGCCUUUGUCCACGUGGUGGGAGAUCUCCUCCAGAGUGUCAGCGUGCUCGUCAGCGCCAUCAUUAUCUUCUUCAAGCCAGAAUAUAAGAUAGCUGACCCCAUCUGCACCUUCCUGUUCUCCAUAUUAGUCUUAUGCACGACCUUCGCCAUCAUGAGAGACAUCCUCAUCGUCCUGAUGGAAGGGACUCCAGCGGGGGUGAAGUACAGCGAGGUGCGGGAUGGUCUCCUGGCGGUGAAGGGGGUCACAGCGGUGCACAACCUCCGCAUCUGGGCCCUCACCAUGAACCAGGCUGUGCUGACGGCACAUGUAGCCAUAGAUGAGUCAGUGGAUGCUCAGACUGUCCUCAGAGAAAUGACACAGGCUUGUUUCUCCUCCUAUAACUUCCACUCUGUUACCAUUCAAAUGGAGAGACAGGCCGACCUGAAGCCCGGGUGCACCCUGUGUGAGGACCCCAAGAUGUAACACGUCUAGGAACCCGCCGCAGUCAUCGUCCGCACACACAGCAGAAAACAGCCAAGCUACCAUGUAAGCUGCAAUUUCCCGCAGUGAUCACAGUUUUACGUUCUUCCGCUCUGCUCAUUGGACCCUGAGGUCUCGUGUUUUACGGCAACAUUAACGCCAAAGUCACGCGACUGUGCCUUUGUGUUGACAAUCCCCCCAAAAAGUUUUACCACAUUUAAAACUUAAAUACACAUUAUGUUAGUUUCCUUUAAGUGUCUUUGUGUUAACAUAGAAAUCACUCUGCAUUGUGUUUGUCUUUUCUGAAUCAUUACAUGUUUAAUGACUCUCUGCUAUCAUUUACACUUCUAGACUAAAAGUUGAUCUAAUCUUACUUACUGACUUUACGUGACACUUGCAGGGCGGUGCUAAAGUCAGUCACUCACUUGCGCGCAGUCUGAUACAUGUAAAUAAAGACCAAUGAGUAUUUCUACUUGUGGAGUAUUACACCAGCAACCUGAGACGUCGGGCAUCAACACAUUUCCACUGCUUUUGUACAGAUGUGAAGGUAUUAGCUGAAAUGUAUUAUUCAAUAAAAUAUUCUUUUUUCAAACACU